AUGUCGCUGGCGACAAGCGUGGCUGCCGCGCUGCGGGAAUCGGCGAAGACUGAGGCCGAGUUGCACGGUCUCGCUGAAGCCGUUGAAGUCAUGAAAGAAAUCUUGGCUCAGGUUUCUGUGAAUCCAGGCUACAAAGAUCACACUGCUGCGGCAUCCUUUUGUCAUUGCUGCUUGUAUACGCUUCGCGCUAUACUUUUGGACUGGAGCAUCUCAACCACUGCAGUGCAAACGAUGCCGCUGGCAAAGAUGCCAAAGAUCGAAGGCAAUGCUGUGUGGCACGUCGAGCAUCCCAACUGUCGGAUCUUCCUGGCAGAGCAGCAUGCGGCCUUGGCCCGCUAUAGUGAGACAAGCAUUUUCGCAGUGAGAAAGUUGCUGUCUGGGGAAAAUCCCUCUGCACGCAGUGGCAGCUUCAAACGUGCCGCAGCGGAAGUGCUUGGACCAUAUCGCCAGUGCUAUCAGCCAGUCAAUGUGCCGAAUGUCGAAGCUGACCGGCCGGAUCGCUGCGAGUCCUUCUUGCAACUUCUGCGACAGCCGGGUCCGCCGGAAGUGCGGCUUGAAGCAUUUCUGGCGCACGAUGAGUGCACAGCUGGCAACGUUCUGAACCCGUUGCAAACGCAAAAAACAUUGCUGUUCUAUUGCACCUUUUCCCUUUUGCAAGACACCUUUGUGAGCAGCCGAAGCUGGAUUCCGGUGGCAGCCAUUCCACACUGUGAUCUAACUUCUUGCCGUGGUGGCAUUGGUGCUGCAACUGCAACGUUUUUGCGCCGCUGGGAUCAAGAUGGGCUCGAUGUUCCUUUUGAUGUUGCGCCUGGAGUGCGCGCAUCAGUCCACCUGCAAGGAUUUGUGAGCGACGGAGACAGUCAAAGGGCUGCAUUUUCUGCUAAAGGAUCUGCAGGCCUGAAGCCGUGUACCUUUUGUGCCAAUGUUCUGAAACGUGGCUGCGCCGCAGCUGAACGGGAUCCAAACUUUGUGACCAUAAGUGAACAUAACUUGGCUAAAUUUCAGUUGUAUGAUGCGCGGGAAUUGGAAGCGGCCAUUGUGGCCUGGCUAGCUCGCAAGCCCGCCAUGACGAAGCAUGAAAUUGAUCUCAGGGAACGAUGUUUAGGUUUCCGGCUGGACGCAGACGGAAUCUGGGGCUGCGGCACCGCAAGAAGGAAGCUGACCAUCGACAUGGCCCUGAAUGACUCCAUGCAUUGCUAUUUUAGCACUGGCAUCGUCAACACGGAACUUGUCUUGUUCCUUGGACAAGCAUGGAAAGUGGCAAAAAUCAAAACAGAUGAUCUUCUGGAAACGAUGAAAGCUGCAGCUUGGCGCAGACCAGGGAAACCGUCUGCAGUCUCUGAACUGAAACGCUUAUUUGGUCAUCAACUCUUUGGGGAGGAAAUAUACAAAGGAUCAGCUGAACAAACCAAAUCGAUUUUGCCGCUUCUCCGAUGGAUUGCAGAAGCAUGGCUACAACGCAUGCCAUCCAUGAAAGAGUCUGCAGAAUGCUUUCUGGCUCUUUGCCGCUGCACAGACCAAUUGCAGCUGUGCAAUGCAGAGACUCGGUGGUCAACACUGGAACAAGCCCAGUGCCACCAUCAAAGACUGUUUUCGGCAUUGUAUCCAGACUCGGUACGUCCAAAACACCACCAUAGGCUUCACCUGAGCCAGCAAUAUGAAAAACUCAAGAUGCAAAUAUCGUGCUGGGGCGUCGAAGCAGCGCACCAAUCCUACAAGAAAUGCUUCGCCGACAAUUUCGAUCAUCUCCUGCAGCCUGGAACAGAAGGCAUGUACAGUCGACAUAUCAUGCCGCGUUUGCUGCUACGAUACAUGGAAAUGUGCAAUGAAACGCCCUUCCUAACGAAUGGGUUCAAGUUGCUAUCUCCAUUCGAUGAAGCUGCUGUCGAAUCCGCUACGGGAAUCAAAGAUGCUUCCAUCAGUGCCAAAUGCCGGACCCACGUCAUGGAAAUAAAAGAGAAUGAUGUGUUGCUAUGGGGAAAAGAACGGGACCAAGGAGGCAUCAUUCGUUUCUUCCUCGUGCGUAACAACAAGUUAUUCUUGUAUGCGACUCCCCUGGAGUUGCGAGACAAGACAGAAGCAACAAGAACGUUUUCCUCCAAGGAUGCAAAUCAAUUCUACCAAUGGGUCUUGCUACCGGAACCAUGUCACCCGACGUGGCAAAGCUGUAACGAAAACACCAUCGUCGUCUUACCGUGA